AUGGCAGUCAUCCCAUUUCAGUCCAUUCCCAGCCCAGGCAGGCUCAGCAGCCCAUUGGCCAGCCAGGCAGGGCAUUCACUGCCCACACAGGCUCAACACGCCAUUGGCCGGCCGGCUAAGCAACAUGAAUGGCUGAAUAACGUGAAUGGCAUAUGGUGGGAAUGGCUGAAUACCGUGAAUAAGCUAAGCAACACGAAUAGCUGA